UGGCGGUCCUCCGCUAUCCCACAGUUCCUUCCCGUGCGGUUUCCCUGCCGUCUCUGUUCCUUUGCGCUACUGGAGCGACUGAGGCAGAAUGUUGGCCUCCAGAGCACUGAGUCUUGUUGGCAAACGAGCUAUCUCCACCUCAGUCUGUCUGCGCGGGGGGCAUGGGGUGGCCAAGGUGGAAGACUACACCCUCCCUGCUUACUUCGACCGCCGCGAGACGCCCCUCCCUGAGGUGCCAUUCGUGAAGCAGUUGAGCGUGGAGCAGAGGACCCUGAAGGAGAAGGAGAUGGGGGCGUGGACCGGGCUGACCAGAGAGGAGAAAGUGGCAUUGUACCGCAUCAGCUUCAAGGACAGUUUUGCUGAAAUGAACAGGGGAUCGAACGAAUGGAAGUCAGUUGUUGCGGGAAUAUUCUUCUUCUUUGGGUUUACUGGUUUAAUUGUCUUCUGGCAAAGGAAAUUUGUGUUUGGUGAGGUUCCCCACACUUUGUCUGAAGAGUACCAAGCAGCUCAGCUGCAGAGAAUGCUGGACAUGAGGAUCAACCCAGUUGAAGGGUUUUCAGCCAAAUGGGACUACGAGAACAAACAGUGGAAGAAAUGAUUUAGCACAUGGACCACAUACAACCAUGAAUGACUAACAUCCUGUCUUUACUUGCCUGUUCACAUUUUUACCUCAGUUAAUGCAUUCUGGAAGCUGACUUCCUCUUAAGAUUAUUCUGUACAUUUUAAAGAUAAUAAAACUCCUGUCAUUUACUCGAAA